AUGGCGCGCAAAUACCAGGAGCUCUUGCGGCGAGCAGCCUGGAUCGGUGAAGUCAAGGCCGUCCAAAGUUCCUGGAACGCUGUCAAAGGUGUGCAUGGCUUCAUUCAGCAGAAGUUCUUCGAGGGGGAGGGCCCCAACAUGGCGCCCUACAUCGCGGGUGCCGUGAUGACAGGCUUGGCGGUGUUCUUCAUCGUACUGCCGAUCAGCUUCAACCGGAACUAUGCCGCCUCCAAGCAACGGUAUGAGGCCUUCGCCCGAGAGAACGCGGAGAUCUUCGAGAGGCAAUUUGACAGUCCGGGAGCACGCGCCGGCCGCGGUCGGCUGGGGUUUCAUGGUGCGAUGCGUCGGCAGUUCACCAUCGGUGCCAAUGUGGAUCGCGAAGGGCGCUUGUGCGGGGAUGUGAAGGUGGUGCAGCCGGGCCUUUUGGGCUCCCCGGUGGAUGCCACAGCAUCCAUGACCACCACCCCCAGCUCCGCGCGCGAAUUCGCCUUGCGCCUGACGUCCCCCGUCAGCGCGGUGCUCUCGGCGUUCGCCGGGCCGUUCGGCGGCGCCGUGCUGGCCGGGCCCUUCAGCCGCCGUUCAGCGCUUCCGGGCGACGGCCAAGUGGACCUGCAGUUCUCGCGGAAGACGCGUGAGGAAGCUGAACGGCGGAAGGAUGAGGAUGAAGCUGCAUGUGGAUAUUCCAGCAUCUGCACCCAGGGACUCCUACAGCUCUCGGGUCAAAGUCUUACUCAGAUGAGCACCUGGCGCUUGGAUGCAGAUUGGUCCUUACGAGAUCUGGACAUCAGCGGUGGGCCUGGAAGAUAUCCAUCCAUGCAGCUGCAAAUGGAGAAGCUGAGGAAGUACAGCGCCACCCAUUUGGCCGAGCUCUUCGACGCUGGACUCCUCAACGCUAAAGCCGCGCUGGAGCUCGCUGGGCCUCCGGGGGAUGUCUCAUUCCUCCGCGGGGAGCUGGUGGUGAAGCUUGGGCUGCGGCUUGCUGCUACCUGCUGGGAGAAGCUGUCCCCAGGAGUGGUCCGUGGCGAUGACGGACUGCCGGAUAUCCCUCCCGGAGCAAUCCGGGUCGGCCAGCAAGGUUGUUAUUCGGAUGUGGUGGCGUUUCUUGCUACCAUGCCCGCGUACACCCUUCCAGCACCUCGGAUGUUCAACUACUGUGUAGCAACCUUGAUGAAGAUGGAUAAGAUCAUACCACAUGAAGAGCUGCUCGCAGGUGGAGAGCUCACUAUUUUCCAGAAGAGCCUUGGAAAGGCCGCGUUUGUGUCCCACCAGUGGGUGGGCAAAGGACAUCCAGAUCCCGAGUUCAAGCAGAUGCAAGUCUUGCAGGACGCGUUGCAGAAUCUGAUCUCCGGCACCUCUGAGGUGAACGUAGACAUGGUGACUGAGUCUGUGUACUUCCGCUCCAAGGGGAUCCCUGCUUCGGAGUGGCAAGAGCAAAAUCUCUACUUGUGGUACGACUACUUCUCGUGCCCACAAGCUGCACAUGUGAGUGAGCAGGGCCUACAGAAGGCGAUCAGCAGCAUCCCAUCCUAUGUCUCCAGGAGCGACUUCUUCAUUGCACUUUGCCCGGUGCUGUCGAAUCCAGGGGAGACCGAGACCUUCAGCGAGCACAGUUGGGCUUACCGGGGCUGGUGCCGAGUGGAGCGCAUGGUCUAUGAGCUCACCUUCAACCAAGGAGCAGUGAACGGCGCAGAGCCACGACGCACGCGCAGUGUGAACUGGUGGACACCUGGGUGGACGAGGGGAAUGUUCACGGUGGAGAGCGACCGCGAGCGCAUCGGAGUGGUUUUGGCCAAGCUUGUGAAGGGGAAGUUGCUCUUUUGCUUGGAGAACAUGGAGUUGCCCCACUACCGCUUCCUUUUGAACCAGCAGACCUCCAUUUUGAGGGGCUUGCCCGUGAAGCCCAUCGAGGAUGUGGUCCCCGGCUUCGAAGGGGAGGAUGUUUUGGAGCGAUUUAUGUCGCUUUCAGCUGUGCUGGGCAACAUGCGGGUCAGGUAUCAGAAUGGGUUCCAGAACCCCUUCGACUAUGACAGUGCUGGCUGGUCUCCCAUGUGCUAUGCCUGCAUGAAGGGCGACGUCUCCUUGGUGGCCGCCUUGCUGAAGCAACGCGUCGACCCCAAUGAAAAGAUUAAGAAGGCGCGUGCCGAGAUCAACUUGGACAAAGGGUGCUCACUGAUCCACAUUUGCGCUAGGUUCAGGAACCAUGAAGCCAUGCAGGUGCUCUUCGCGGCCAAUGCUGCAGUGAAUGUACAGGGUAUCCCCCAUUCUCCAGUGGGCGUGGCUGCUAUGGAAAAUGACCCCAUUGGGAUCCGGCUGCUGUGCAGCGUCUCUGCAGACCCGAGGAAGAAGAACCUUGGUGUUUCAUCAGAAAAUCGAACGGAAUACCACCUGGCCCAGUGA